AUGUUUUUUUCGUUUUCCUGCUGGUAUGUGGAUGUCCCGCAGAUCGUGAAGUUCGUCCCCGAGCGCCGCAUUGACAAAGAGUUGAAGAUUCUGGGGAGCACAGCGAAUCCUUCUUUUCUGGCUCGGACGGCCGUCCCUGUCUUCCUUUAUAUGGCUCCUUCGUUGAAUUCGAAGGCCCUGGGACCACGCAGCGGCCAGGAGACAGCAGAAGCCUCUGGAGCUCGGAGCCGUGGAGACGCCUCCGUCUCGCUCGAAAGUUCCAGCACUAUUACAGAUCGAAGUCUGGCGGUACCCGCAUCUCCCAAGAGGGCUUCGAUGCCGUGCUUUGUGGACCUCCUGCUCCCUCCACCCCCAGUUGUCGUGCGGCUCUUCGACAUUGAUGUUCUUGAGAGUGGGGACCUGGAGAAGAAGCUGAUCAGCAUCGUCGUCGACUGGGAUCCAGCGAACUUGGACGAAAGGCAGAGAACUGUGGGGGACCAUUUGAGACACCAGGAAGCCACACCCCCGAAGCUGCGACAGGUGUCAUGCGAGGGCGGAGGUGACGAGCGUGAGGACCGGGGCAAGCGGCUCAACGCCUCGGGAGGCGCGCACAGAGAUCCUCGCGAAGAGAGAGAAGAGGACAGUCAGACGGACCCGAACUUUGACAACGAACCUGUUUGGUAUUCUCUCCAGGACAAUCAACAGCUGUCCUUCGAUGUCCUCGAACGGUCCGUCACGCUCACCAAUACCUGGCGAGCGAAACCGCGGUUGCUGGCUUCCGUUGGGUUUUCGGCGAGCGCGUGCAGUCCCUUGGCGGAUCACUUGACCUCCGUAGCCGAACAGCACUGGAUGGCGGCCUUUAAUGGAGUGAAGAGUGAGCCGGGCGCCUGGAGAGUGGUAGAGAGCAGUCGAGCUGUGUCUCCAGCCUUGGCGAGCCAGCCUGAAUGGGCCGUGUACAAACUCAGCGCCCCGGAGGCGGUAAACAGGGGCGAAACGAUCCAGCUGUUGUACUAUGAAGUCGACGUGGACUUGCUGGGGAUCCGCGUCGUUGAGGGUGGAGGCCUCGAGCCAUCGGACUACGUCUUGAAGGUUUCCUCCUUCUGGCUGGACGACCCAGACACGCCUCUCGAGUUCCUGUUGUCUGGUGAAGACUUCCCAGGACCCAAUGUUGUCUGCCAGUUCACAGACCAGCCGCUGAAGCAGAAGCUCCGACGAAAAACAGUUUCUAUUCCCGACUCUUCGAGGUUCCGGAACUCCAACCAGGUGGUAUUGCCUAUGAGAAGUGCAGGCAUCACGACUGUUCCAGGCCAAUGGGUCGGCGCCCGCAUUUCGCCGCCACUCUUCGUCACUCCGUACCUUCCCUAUCUUCAGGCUCUGUCACCGGCAAAACAGCGUGCACAGACACAGGAACAGGACGCACAAAGGUUGUCUCAUGAAGAAGACAGUGCUCUGGUGCACCGUCACCGAACGGCCAGAGAUGUACGCUCCGUCCUCCCCGACAUAAACUUCCGACUGAUUAGACGAGGAGGAGGCGACGUCGCCUCUCUCAGCAUUUCUUUAAACGAAUAUCUCAACUUCCCUCAAGGCGAAACAGCCAUACAGUUACAAAUUCUCUCGCCGCAACUCGCCAAGCUCCCUCCUCCCAAUGUGGACAGAGAUAUCAUGACACACUACGUCUUUUCUGAGUUGCCAUGUACUACCGCCGCCAAUGUAGAUGUCCUCAUUGAGUGCUUCGCCGAGGCAACUGGAGACCUUUUGUACGACGAUGACCUGCUGGUGGGGCGCAUGCUGACCGACCAUGACGUUUUCUUUAUUCGUGACCCGGACGCAGAAGGAAUUAUCAUUCAUACUUUCAACGCCGAUGAUUAUUUCGUUGGAUAUCAUGACAAACGCAACACCCCGUUCAAAGAGCCCGCUCUUAAGGUCUCAGAUGUAACUGACCCUGGUCCAUCAGUUGGCCAGUACCUCGACACGAUGAGUGUUUUCAAAGGACAAAACGGAGAAAAAACGGCAUUCAUCCGCGCAGUAACGCAAACUACGACGACACAAAAUCAGGCUGCGCCACAAGAGUCCUCAACAUCUGAAAGUGCCGCAGACCAGAGCCGAGUGCGGGCAGCAUUGAGGACGUGGAUAAGGAAAGUGGGCCACAGGUCCGACCCGGCGCAGAUUGGCAGUUGUCUCCUGGCGAGGUUGCAGAUACUGCAGACCGUUUACAAGACAAAGCCACGGAGCAAGUCUCGAAGAAACAAAGCCACACUUCCGCGGAAGUCUUCGUUUGACCGCGAUUUUGAGGGAAUCUACAAUAUGGUGAAUAUCUACGCCAGACAUGAAGGCGUGGUGGUGUGGACGAACGAUCAGUGCGAUGAGGGAUCGACGGAGAAGCUUUUCCGCCGCGCUGGCGAGCUCAUUCUCAUUUUCCAGAGCAUUCAUGACAGGCAGUUCCACCGAGUUUCGGUGCCGAGUUUUGAUAUCAGAUAUCCGGCAGAGAACGGCUUCUUCAUUCUCGAUUCCAUCACUGAAAACUUCGAAGACCUCAAAAAAAUGGCUCUGGAGCAAACGAUGUUGCGGAAGGUGGCACAGAUGAAGUUGUUGAAGCGGCAUUCUUUGUCUGGCGAAAGUGAGGAGGCGACGGCGUUGAACGUGGAGAUUCAAGAGCUACAGCACUCCAUAGACGCACUAGCGCCUUUGGUUGGUGGCUACCUCAAAACUGCGAGCCGGAGAGCUGGCUUCUCGCAGCCGCUCCCAGUGCGAAGAGGUCAACUCGUCUGCCGCAUGAAAAAAUUCGAGACGAUGUUUGAUCGAACUCAAACUCGAAUUUGGUAUGAACCUUUCGGUCUGUUGCCCCCGAGUAAUCUCUCCGACUACCUCAAGUGGGGCAAGGAGGAGACGAAAAUUGCUCAGCUGAAGGGCUGGGUGAAGGUGACCAACGUGACGGAGCAGGAGGCGCUGGUGAGACAGGAGGCCAGCGGAGUCCGCAGCGGGUCGAACUUGUCCACGCGAAAACGCUUGUUGCCACUGGACGAUUCGGGGCCUUUAACGAGCGCAAAUUCGCGCUUGUCUGCUCCACAACCUGAUGAAGCUUCCGUGUCUUUUCAUAAUUGUAGAGUCAGGGGGUCGUCGUCGCUCGCAUGGGAGCCGAACGCGCGGGGAAACAGAGAGCAUGGUGGAAGAAGUGAAGAGCGAAACGACUCAAGUUCGACCCACAGAGACGAACCAAGGUCCAAGACAGGUGGCGGGACUUUUCCCGUUGACAGCGAGAGUGACGCAGGAAGCACAUCGCCAAACGCAUGCUGGAACGCACGCGACAUAAAGGCACCCAUCGUGACCAUUGCACCGCCUAUGCAGAGGUGGAUAGUCCAAACUGUGGUUGUCCACGCCUACAUUCUGACAGGACGAAAUCUGCUCAACGUCGACUGGUGGGGCAAAAGCGACCCGUUUUUAAGACUCAGCAUCGGCGACCAAGCCGUGACAUCCGAGAAAGUCUUCAGCAACAACGAUAGUCCGGACUUCUACGAGCACUUUGUCUUUACUGUUCUCAUUCCGGGAGCUGCAAAGCUGAAGAUCGCCGUAAUGGAUAAAGGCGAUAUGCUCGCAGCCGAUUCAACGAUCGGCGAAGCAAUUAUCGACCUAGAAGAAAGGCAACUCAUUUCGAAAGACAAAGAGAUGUUCCUUCCUCCCCUUCAAGCUUUUCCUCUCGAGUAUGUGACCCUUCAAAAGAGCCGCGAAGACGACGACUUCGGCGUAUCGUGCGGGACUCUCCGAUGUAUGGUCGAUCUGGUUGUCGAUGGAGCUCCGUACGAGCCGCUUGUUGUCAACGACCUUGGGUCGACACACGCAUUUGAGUUGCGCGUGGUCAUAUGGGAUGUCGCAGACAUUUCUGUCUUCAAGGGCGCUUCAGGCGAGCGCAAUGAUUUAAAAGUUCGAAUGGAGCUGUUUUUAACCGGAAUCGAUCUCCAAGAUACUUACGAAGUCUACUACACAGAUGUGCACCUCUUCGCCAAGACAACAGCAACAUAUAAUUGGCGCAUCGUUAAAAAAGUCAAUCUUCCUGUGGCCGCAUUGAGCUUGAAGUUCGCCCUCAUCGACAACAAUGCGGUUUACGACGACGACACGCUCUACGCGCCAGAGAGCCUGAGUCUGGAUGCUUUGACCCACACGACAGUGACGAAGAUUCGAACAGAUGAAGCCCUUCUGGACCCCCUCGACUACACCAUCGGGUUCGACGAACCGAUGGGCCAGGGCAUGGUCGAGAUGUGGUGUCAAUCUUACUGGUGCGCACCCUUCGAAGCGAUGGGGUGUCCUACGGCUGUCACGAGCUGCUGCAACCGGCGAGACAUGGACGACGACUUUUUCGGCUCCCCGCCUCAGCCAGCACCGUUCUCGAGCUGGCUCAAGCUAGUCUGUUGUGGACGUACCGGAUACCUGCGUCGGGAGCGCAUGACAACACACUCGCCAGCUCACCUACAUUGCACAGUCGCUCUCAUCCCCCAGGAUGUGGCGGAGGCUCAUCCGGCGGGUCAAGGACGCUCAGCUCCCGAUGCGCUUCCAGAACCAACGGAUCGCCCUUCUCCCAAUCUCAUGUUUACAGAUCCAGUGGCCUACCUUAACCUUGUCGUAGGUCAGCAGACGUGCGCCCUCAUUAAAGCUUCAACUGCCUGCUUCUGUGGAGUUCUCUUUUUGGUUAUCAUUGCAUUUGUUGUUGCUGUGAUAGUCAUCGCGGCACGCAUGCCCUGAACGCUAGGUCACCGCGGAUCGUUAUCUACUUGUGAAUUUGAAGAGAGGUCCACCUCAAAUUGUCGCUUGCCAAAACCGCGAUUGCUCGUUGUCGCUUUUCCGGAAGCGACGGUUGGCGGCGGACUGCCAGCAAACGUUUUCCGGCGCUGCGGUAGCUUCGUUCACACAUGCAGCCUUGUGUUCAGUUUUCAGCAGUCGACAGAAGGGUAGAAGGGGGAUGGACCAUAUAUUUUCGGGCUUCCGUCUGCACCGUCCGCAUUCCGCAC